UCAUUCUUCAUCAUGAGCACCAUUGACACUAAAUUUCGAUCGCUCAGUAAGUUGGCUGCCGAGUGCCAACGACAAGUAGAACGUCUUCACCAUGUAGACUCCAUGACCGUUCAAAAAGAAGUCGCGGACUUGAUCAAGUCCAGCAUCCGUUGUCUACAACAAGACAUUGAGGUUGUAAAGUUAUUAGCAGAGCAAGAGGAUCGUGAGGCUUCAAAGAUGAAUAUUUUGAAUCGCUUGCAUGAAUACGAAAAGCAAUGCAGACAGUUACAAGUGAGCUCACGUCAAGCAAUUUUGUUAUCCAAGAAACGUGUGGAUGAUCAGGAAAAGAAGAAUCGCGAAGAGUUAUUUGGGUUAGGCAGAAAAAACGGAAAGAGUUUUACUGAACAAUACGAGUUAAAGCAACGUGUAGCACAUCGAGGUCAACAAGAUGAUGCAGUGUUACGUGCUUCUUCAGAUGUGACAGAGGCAUUAAAACGAACAAGUACAUUAAUGCAACAAGAAUUAGAAAAGAGCACCUUUUCAGCUAGCAUGCUCUCCGAAUCGUCUAGAACGCUCUCAUCAACCUAUAGUGAAUAUCAAAAUCUGAGUUCAUUGGUGCAGAUUUCUAAACGAGUGAUUACUCAGCUUGAAGCCUCAGAUUGGUUUGACCGACUCCUACUCUUAUUUGGUCUUGUACUAUUUAGUAGUGUUGUACUCUAUAUCAUUAAGAAACGGACGUGGGAUGUAGGCAUUUCUUGGGUAUCUUGGUUGACACAAACAAAGAAAAGUAAACUUGCUCAAACAACAACAACUACAAUCCUAGUCGAACCCAUCCGUACUACAUUGAAAUCUGUCUCCACGCUAAUUCCUACGGUGAUCAAGGAUGAGUUAUGAACCUGUGUCAAAUAUGAUUAAAGCUCCGAUACAAAACAGUGUGUGCAUAAAAAAAAAAAAAAAAACUCACAUAUUUUUUUGUCUUUUUUUCUUUUUCUUUAUUAUUUUAAAAGAAACCUUCACUACCC